AACGUGUGAAUUGAUAUACGCAAUAAGUAUAAACGUUACUGGCGAAGCACUAAGUGCUUUGUGGGAGCUUCAUCCCAAAGAUCACGUGAAAGGUUUUGUACGAAAAUGUCGCCAAGCUCGAUCAACGACUAUGUAACCGAAAGUGAAACCGGACGGCACAAAAUAAUCGGCACUGUGACAAGUUUCGAGAUAGUUACGUAAAGUGUGAAUGAAUGCGAACAAGGAACGAUCGGAAACGAACCGAACACUCAGACACACCCGCAAUUCCUUGUUCCUUUCUUCUGCCAUCUUCCGGAAGGCGUGAAAGUGCCAGUGAGCGAGAAGAAAACGGAAGAAAACGCGACGGCCAGAAAGCCGACACAAUCGAAACGAUCACCGUGCGUGGUAGAUUCGGAAGAGGAUAUAUCUUCGCGCGGAACGCUAAAUGAAUGCGUGACUGACACUAACCGGGAUCCAUCAGGACAAGGUGUUCCCACUGGAGCAACAACGGAGAGCAUCAGUAUGAUGGCGUCAAAUGGGCCCAGGCGGAUGACGUCAACCGGUCUGUUCUACGUGCGCCAUUGUCUGAUGGUGUUUGCAUGGAUGACGAUCGUGCUACAGUAUCCCGGUGCAGAUUCUCAAGAUCUCAACACACCGCCGGUAAUUGUGGUUGAUCGUCACUGGCGGAUACCGGAAAACACAACCGUUGGCACGCUCAUAACGCGCGUCAAUGCGGAAGACAAUGAAGACGAUAAGCUGGAGUUUGGACUGGAUGCGCUGGUCGCCGGUCAGGAGCAACCGUUCGAGAUCGACCCGCACACCGGGUUCGUGUAUCUGAACAGCAGCGUGGAAGGGCGGGCCGGACAGAACUUUUUCGUCUACGUCACCGUCAGCGAUGGUAGUGUUACUUCCAAGAACGAGAUAUACGUGAACAUCCUGAGCAAAAAUGCAACGGGUGUAUACAAAUCUCGCGGUUCCCAGUUUACGCCCAGCAUCGAUAACAUAAGGCAGAUUUUGCCGCCGGGUAUCAACCUGCCGGGCAUUAGUUCGCGGCCUCAAAUUCCACUGCCACCAAUGCCGCCACAGUUCACCAGAAAACCUCCAACCGUCAGUGAAGAUGCGUCUGGCGCCGUUACACCUUCGCUGAUACCCACCAAACAGACCAAAACCUACCCAGAUCGACCGAUCGCUGUAGGUAACGGAACAACAGCGUCUGGCGCGAACAGUGCUUCCAGUGGAACAGUGCUGUCUCCAAUUCCACGAACAAACACUACUGCUGCCCAUCCAACGAUAAGCGUGUCUACCGAAACUAGCAGCACCACAUCAAAACCUUCGCCGACAGUAACUGCCCCAACGGUUCCGGUACACGCGCACCCGCACGAGGAAACGAACACCGUGAAAAUCCUGCUCCCGGUUAUUAUUUCCGUCGCGAUCAUUUUCGUCACUGCUGGGCUGAUCGCGAUCUGCUUCUUCCGCAAGUAUCUGUGCGCGCUCAGCAAAACGCUCAAAAAGAAGAACAAAAUUGAUAAAGCCAAAAAGUCAAACCAAAGUAACGUCAGUAGCAACAUCACCUCAACCGCCGAGGAUAGCCGCAAUUCGAUUGGGUUGAGCCACUGGACCGGACCGAUGGCAUUCAGCAAUCGGUAUACCUCGCCGUGGGAGCGGGACGCUAAUGGACAUCUGCAGGCCACCUCCCAGCUGUCGGAAGAAUCGAACAGUUCGAUCGUGAAGGACCGGUGGGAAUUUCCACGCCACCGCCUGAAGGUGUUCAACAUACUGGGGGAGGGUGCAUUUGGGCAGGUUUGGCGCUGCGAAGCGACCGAUAUCGACGGUCACGAGGGUGUUUCGGUGACCGCGGUUAAGACACUGAAGGAAAACGCAAGUGAAGCAGAACGUAGCGAUCUGCUAUCUGAGCUGCAGGUGUUGAAAUCGCUCGAACCACACAUCAACGUGGUCCGGCUUCUUGGUUGCUGUACAGAAAAAGAUCCCAUCUUUGUCAUACUGGAAUAUGUCAACAUGGGCAAGCUGCAAACAUUCCUGAGAAACUCACGAGUAGAGAAACAUUACGGAAAUACUCAUGGCAAGUCCAAGAUCCUUACAUCCGGCGAUCUCACGUCGUUCAUGUACCAGGUUGCUCGAGGCAUGGACUUUCUCACCUCACGUGGGAUUAUUCACCGUGAUCUGGCUGCACGAAACAUUCUCAUUACCGAGGAUCAUACCUGCAAGGUGGCAGACUUUGGCUUUGCACGGGAUAUAAUCACGUCGAAGGUGUACGAAAGGAAGAGCGAAGGUCGGUUACCUAUCCGCUGGAUGGCUACGGAGUCACUGUAUGAUAAUAUCUUCACCGUCAAGUCCGACAUCUGGAGCUUUGGUAUUUUGAUGUGGGAGAUCGUCACGUUAGGCUCCACGCCCUAUCCGGGAAUAGCGGCUGCGGACGUGAUGCGCAAGGUACGUGAUGGAUACCGGCUCGAGAAGCCGGAACACUGCCGCCGCGAGCUGUAUAACAUUAUGUUCUAUUGCUGGGCGCACGAUCCAAACGAGAGACCCGGAUUUCCGGAGGUGGUCGAAAUGCUCGACCGAUUACUCCAAACCGAGACGGAUUACAUCGAGCUGGAACGGUUUCCCGAUCACAACUACUACAAUAUGCUCAACAUGAGCGGAGAGAAGCUGUAAGUGAGUGGUGAGUUCUGUCGAACGAAAGGCCGUCUGUUACAUACUCAAACAAGAACGCCAAAUCCACUCGCAGACGUCUCUGUGUACGCUCAGGUAAUGCGAGGUAUCGAUUCGUUUGUGAUAAGAAUGAUGCUUUUUUCUGGACCCGCUCAAACCGUACAAGAACUGGAUCUUAUUUAUGGCGUAAACCGUAGCAUAUAGGAGAAACCGGAGAAGAAAUCAAACGAACAAACAAUCCCACUUCUAGUUUGUAAUAGUUAAGAUUGUAAGUUUUCGUUCACCUUAACCUGAUUUUAAGCAUCAUUUCUAUGUGUACAUACUGAUCGUAGAUUCCCAUUGGUCUACAUGUUUCCUUCAUUUUGUUCUGUUUCAUUCAGAAUAAACGCGCGCAUCCUGACAUACGUUUUUGUUGUAAGCAUUUAUGCAGUUUAAUAAAAAAAAAAAACAAUUAUUCUAGCAAUCAUGA